AUGGACUCGCGCGGGAGGAGGAUGUCGUCAGGCGUCAUGGUGGCGUCGAUGACAGAGAGGGCUUGCAAGGUCGGUGCAUUGGGUUCUGCUCUGAAGAUUGAUUGCUGUAAGAGGGCGGUGACGACACAUGAGAGUGUAUCAGACCACUUUGUGCCCCAAACCAGUAGAAUUAUAAAAGUGUUUAAGCUGCCCCGCAGAGGCUAUUACUGGAGUUAUUACAUCAUCACAAGUUCUCAAGAGCUAGAGUCCGCCCUGGCGCACCCUCUAGCGCAAACUUAUCCGGUGGUGCUCAUGUUCUGGGCGAGCUGGAACGAGCCAUGCAGGGUGAUGAUGAGACCCUUCAGGGCCAUGGCCGUGGCUAAGAGGAGGGCCGCCAUAUUCUGCCAGGUGGACGUCGACAAGUUCAAAGAUAUCGUGGAGCGAUACCGAGUGGAGGCGCUGCCGACGUUCCUGCUGCUCAAGCAAGGCAUGGAGAAGGGCAGGGUCGUCGGCGCCAAGGUCGGGGACCUCAGCACCAUCAUCAUGGCCAACAUAUAAAUGAUACAGUAACUGGUACUAGCUAGAUACGAUCUGUCGACUGAUGGAUGUUCCAUCAGCCGGCCUUUCCGUCAGGUAUAUUAUUGAUGAAUCAAUCAAUUGAGAUAUCCAUCGAUUCGUCUCGUCGGAAAUCUCAAUCACUUACCUUAAACAGCCCUGCGGCACUCUGUCAG